AAGAGAAGACGAGACGAGACAGGAAAAGAGAGGGAGAGCGAGCGAGCGAGCGAGAGAGAGACGGAGAUGGAGGAGGAGAUGCAGCCGGCAGAGGAGGGUCCCUGCGUCCCCAAAAUCUGUAAGCAGAGAAGCCCCUACAGCGCCCUCAAGACGUUCACUUGCAAGAAACUGGUGGGUAAGCGGUACGACAGACCGACCAUGGUGGAGAUCCCGCAGCUGGGAGCCGGCGGGGGGCAUCACCACCACCCCCAGCAGCAUCAACAACAACACCUUCAGCAUCAGCAGCCCUCCAUCAUCAGCAGCAGCGAGCCACCGCAGCCGCCUUUCCCUUACGAGAACGGGCCCGGGUCCAAAGCGGCAACAUCCUCGUACUCCUCUUCCUCCACCUGCCCGGCGGUGGCUUCGCUCAGCAGUCAGCAGAGGCACGGCUCCGGGCGCUACGCUGCUGCCCUGGGGCACGAGCCCCCCGACUCACAACCGGGCCUCAGCGCAGGGGUCUGCAGCCGUAGUUUCCAACCCAUGAAGUAUGGGCCACUUGGGAAGUGUAAAAGGUUUUCAGAAAGCCGCAUGAUUUUAGAUGCCUUUGCCCAGCAAUGCAGUCGGGUACUAAGCCUCCUCAAUAACAAUGGAAGGUUCCUUGAUCCCCGGCCCUCCCAGUCAGUGGUGUCUCACAUAAAACAAGAAGAUGAAUGUUAUGGGGAAAGAUCUGUCCAGUGUCAGAUGGUCAAAGGUGGUGGCCCCGGGGAGCUGCAGACAUCGGACAGCCUAGACAUGGAGAUUCAAUAUGUACAGAAGAAGCAGCAGACAUCUGCCUUACUCCGGGUCUUCACAGAAUCUCUUCAGAGCUACCUGAUAGCUGGGAGCCGGCCCUCUCAGAGUACUUCAGCCGCAAAUGACUUUUGUCAUGCCAGUGACAUAGAUCCAUUGUCCUCUUCCCCUGUUCAUACUGUUGCAGGCUGGACAUCUCCUGCCACUUCUGAGUCUCAUGGCCAUCCCUCUUCCACUCUCCCAGAGGAAGAGGAAGAGGAGGGAUACUGCCCCAGGUGUCUGGAGCUAGAGCAAGAAGUCCUGUCGCUUCAGCAAGAAAAUGAAGAACUGCGCCGCAAGCUGGACAGCUUUCCAGUUCCCUGCCAGAAUGUCUUGGACUAUUUCAAAAGGGUGCUUCAACAGCACAACCAGUUUGUGCAGCCGCCAUCAGAAGAGCAGCUAACAGAGGGAAGCAAGCAGUUGCUGGGCAACUAUCCUGUUUACAUCACCAACAAGCAGUGGGAUGAGGCUGUAAACUCGUCCAAGAAAGAUGGAAGGAGGCUUCUGCGCUAUCUGAUUCGGUUUGUAUUCACCACAGAUGAGCUCAAGUAUUCUUGUGGAUUGGGAAAGAGGAAGAGAUCCGUGCACAUGGGUGACUUGGGUCCAGAAAGGCGUCCCCUCAACCCAGUUAAAGUAACCUGUCUCAGAGAGUUUAUAAGAAUGCACUGUGCCUCCAAUCCAGACUGGUGGAUGCCUUCCGAGGAGCAGAUUAACAAGGUGUUUAGCGAUGCAGUUGGCCACGCUCGGCAGGGACGGGCGGUAGGGUCCUUCCUCAGCACCAGCACUCCUGGCAACAAUAUUGUGACCUUCGAGAGCUUUGAGAGCCAUUUGUCACAAGAUGAAAUGUUUGCCAAGGGAUCUCAAGAUGGAACUGGGGAAUGAAGUGAAGAACAUCUCCUACAAGUCUGUUGGCCACAGAGGAGCAUUUGCAGCACUUGGCAUCCCACUGGUGCAUUUUUAACUUACCACACAGUAAUAGAGUCUCAAGUUAUUUGGUCACUCCAUGCUUUCUACAAGCACUCUCAUGUCCUCUACAGGACAAUGAUCACUUUAAAUCAGAGAAAUUGUAAUUUCACAUUUACAGUUGUGGCGAAUGAGAUGUUGAGGCUGUUGAGAUGGCAACACUCAAUAGUUAAGAACAAACAAAGAAGAAGAAGAUUGAUAGUUUUAGGCAGCCAUGUUUAUUUUGGAUGGGUCAAUUUAAGUUUUAUAGUUUACUAAAAAAAAAAGUCAAUUAAAAAUUCUUUUCUCAGUUGAAAGCAUUUUGCCAAAAUGAAGAAACCUGGAUUUUAUCUUUUAGCAACUCAGCAAGGUAGAAAUUAAGGCAGCGGCUGCUUGGUGAACCACGAGUCAUGGGCUGGAGUGAUGAUCAGAAAAGAAGACACCUCUUUGGGCAGGGCAUUUGUGUGGUGUGACAGCACAGCAUUGUUGAAUGAGCGAACGGGUGGGGCAGUGUAAUCAUGGAACAACACCUCUAGAAGGUGAAUGGAACAUCUAGACUGGGAGUUACUGUGGGUAGAGAGCAUCAAGAAAAUAAGAUUGACCUUUAUUUAGACAAAUUUAACACCCACAAUUUGAAAAAGGGUGGUGCGUUCAUUAGUGGUGCUGCAGAACCCUGGGUGCCUGUUCUACCUGAGUCCUCAGAGUUUCAUCUCCAGAUACUUCUGUUUCCUCCCAGCUUUUAAAGACUUGUAGGUUAGGCUGCACUAUCUGAUUAUGAGAGGCUGUGGAGAGGUUUGUGCUCUGCCAUACCCCUGUGCUUAUUUCCACCUUGACCUUUGUGCUACCAAGAAAGGCUGUGGAUCACUGUGGCUUAAUAUUGAAAUAAGUAUGGCCAGGAAAUGAAAAUGAAGGAUUAAAAAUGCUUUUUUUUUUUUUUUCAACUUUCUGCAUAAAAUGGCCUAAAUAAGGUGGCAAAUCAGUACCAUCACAAAUCAUUCCAUAAUUAUUUUUAUUUUAAGUUUGAUCGUUAAGGGCUUCUGCGAAUAUGAUCAUUAUUAUAUGCUGUCACGACUCUUCCCAUGCCAAAAUGGAGGUGUGCAAAGUCCAAAAGCUUUAGGCCUGGCUCUUCUUCAUCUCCGAGCAAAGUUUGCCUCCCAAACAAUUAUUUGUGGUUCUCACCAAAGUGAUUUUCUGGAAAUCAUAUAUCAUGAGAUCAAUCUGAUAGUUUUAAAUAGUGAUGGCACCUCCAGUCCAUCAAUGUUUGAAUUUUGGAACCUUUCUUGGCAGCACAAUCAAGGUGAAGUAACAACAAGAAUACAUUUAUACAGCUGGAAACUUGUAAAGGGGAAAACGCACAAAUAUUAGAAGGUUUUUCUUUAUGCAGAGAACCAUAGACACAUAGAAUAAAUUACCAACUAGUGUGGUGGAGAGUACAACUUUAGGGACCUUCAAUUCUUAAUUUGACGUUAUAUUGGAAAAAUUAGGUGGAUAGGAUUUGUGUGCUUUGUUGUCCUGUAUGACCUGUUUUCAAACAGGGCCUACUGAAGAACGUGUGCACAUCUUAUAGCUGAUGUACUCAAAACAAAGACCAUAACAUCUCACAAGCACCAGGUGCAGUAGUCCGCUUUCAUAUCCAGCUACUAGAAUUACCAAAAAUGAGUGUAUCCAGACAGUCGAGAUCUUCCUUUCAUUAUUUUACUCUAAAUCUCACAAUAAGGUGACUAAAGGCCUACUUUCUUCAGUUUUUCCAAAGACUUGUGUUAAAAUAGUUUCGAAUUUUGAAAUCCUUUCAUUUAAUAAUUUUAUUAACUUGUCAAAAAACACUUUUUACCAAUUGUACACUGUACAGUAUAUAAAAAGGUGUUUUGUGAAGUAAUAACCAAUGACCAAAACACCAGUUGAUCCUGUACAAAAUUUAGUCAUGCUAACCUAACAGCCACAUUCAAACUAAGUCAGUGUUCAAACUAUAAUCAUUUGCUUGCAUUUUAUUUUGAUUGUACUGUAGAAGUCCACAAGGAUUCGUUUUGCUGUUUGGUCUGCAUUUUUACAUGAAUACAUUAGAACAUGAGGGGCCAAAAAUAUGUUUAUAGGCAUCUUGUGUUUUAUUUUUAUUUCACUUAUAAUUUUGUUUUGCUUUAAACGAAGCUCAGUGGUUCACAGAACCUUAAUUCCAAAGGAUUCUGAUUCUGCGUGUCAUUUUAUGUUUGCAUUGGCUGGAGUGCACUUUGCAUUGAGAAGCCCAAGCAGCAGUUAGUGGUUUAGCCUCAAAUCAGCUCAUUACAUUUGUAAGCUUAUUUGAAUUUCAGAUGAUGCAGAGAGUUGCUGGAACAUGGAUACACCUGGGAAAAGACUGACUGCAGGAAGAUUCUUUGUCAUUCUUUCUCAUUCAUUUAGUCUGCCCCAGUAGCUCCCAAGUCAUAAAACUGCCAUUAUUGUUUUGGGCUACUGGAGUUGAAGGCGGGGUUUAAAGACACACCCUCUGUGGCAGAGAAGAAAGGAGGAGUCAUGGUAUGAGACUCCACCCCUUUAUACAGUAGAUAACACUCCAACCUAUAAUAGUUCAGAAGACACAUCCUUGACACAACGUUGGACCUACAUCUCCUGCUCUUUAACUACAAUUAUUACUAACAAACCUUCUGUUGACAAACUUCAGGGCUUUAUAAACACGUAAAGAUGUGGGAGUAAGGCAGCUACACUCCUACUUCUUCUCUAUGCUUACCAUUUAUUGCAAUAUUUUGCAGCAGAUAGAUAGAACUUUAUCCCAAGGCUGUUUACAUAAGCUCUUUAAAUACAUAAAUAGGUAGAUAAAUAAAUUAUAUAUAUAUUCACGGCAUUCAUAGUCUGAAUCACAAUCUGAUUGUAUGGGUGGUUACCCCAGGUAACGCUUGUGGUUGGUCAGCAAGUCGGCUAACAUCCGCCACGAUGCCCUCAGUUGUGAGAAGCAGAUCAUGGAAUGGUUGAAAUAGUUUACUGUCAAAUAAUGCAAAGAGUACACGACACGUGUUUCACCCUAAUUCUGGGCUCAUCAGGCGUACACACUCUACUGCACUCCCUCUCGGGAAUCGAACCUCGGAUGUCAGCGCUAGAGGCGAAGCCCCUAACAUUGCGCCACGGCGUGUGGUUCGUUUAUUUGACAGCAUGUAGAUCGGGGUAAUUACAUUCACGGCAUUCGUAGUCUGAAUCACAAUCUGAUUGUAUGGGUGGUUACCUACCAGGUAAAGCUUGUGGUUGGUCAGCAAGUCGGCUAACAUCCGCCACGAUGCCCUCAGUUGUGAGAAGCAGAUCAUAGAAUGGUUGAAAUAGUUUACCGUCAAAUAAUGCAAAGAGUACGCGACACGUGUUUCGCCCUAAUUCUGGGCUCAUCAGGUGUACACACUCUACUGACGUCCGAGGUUCGAUAUAUAUAUAUAUAUAUAUAUAUACAUACACACAUUAUGUACUGAACAUACACCAGAAUGAUGAAAGAUGUUGAGUCAGUAAUUACAAAACCGCCAGUCAUACUGUUGUCUUGAGAAGACUGAACAGCUACAAAUUGCAUGGUGCUAAUUUUAGACUACACUGUACAGUGCAGUGGGCUUUUACCUACAGCCCACCUUUCUUGGUUUUGCACAUUUUAAUGGUUUAGCAGAAAAAGUAGAUAUUUUCAUAAACUUACGUACAGACUCUUCCUUUUUUUAAGCUGUGAGGGCAAGAGGGUGGACCAGGAGAUAAAUGGGAGUCAAAGCAAAAGUUGUAACUGGUAGGCAAGAGAUCAAAGCGACAAAACCCGAAACAUAACCUUAACUCGAGUCAAAAAACUUGAAGCAAAAAAGCGAACAGAGAACCAGAAAGACAAGAAAAAAAGAUUCUGUUUUCUUAUUGUGAGCAAAACAGUAUGGGAUUGUGGAAGAUGCAAUAAAAUAUAUAAACAGCAACCUCAAAACAUUUACAGCUAAACAAUUCCUUAGAAAAAUAAUACGAUAAUAGUGAAAACUAACCAACCAUGAGACCUAUUAGUAUGGCUUGACCUAUACUGAAUAGUAACUUGUCUGCAAAUGAAAAUGGACGUAGGCUUCUUGGUCAGUGUACAGCGUUGUGGAGCUGCUGACAACAAAUCCUAACUUCACUAAAAGUGAACGCUUCCUUGGGGACACGGGAACUCCUGCUCUGAAACCGAAUUUAACGGUGAUGCAGGAGUUACUGCUGGAGUCUCAUGUCACUAGUUUCAGUUCCUAGUGUAGUCGCUGUCACUCUGGCUGUGAGAGGCCCUGGUGCCCAAACCUAGUAAGUGAGAAAAAAAAAACAAAUUAAGAAAGUGUGUAACUGGGGGGAUGCUUUUGGAGGGUCAUGCAUUUUCCUGCCAUCUGCUCUUGAGAUUAGCACAAGAACAUAAGUUUGAUGUAUUAGUAUUAGUGAUGGGCAUUUGGAUUCACUUUACUGAUUUGAGUCUUUUGAAGUACUCAUUUAAGUGAAUCAUUUCUUUUGAUUCAUUUAUAGGAUUACAGGGUGGUGCAUAUUUGAAGUAGUCCUAAGGUCCCCCCGAUUGCAUCACAAAUAUAUAAUUGUGCGUUAUUUGCUAUAUUAAAUAUUUAACAUGAUGAUAAGUCAUAUGACAUUAUCCUGUUUCAGUACACAAAGAAUGAUAAUGCAUUUAAGAUGAAUAAUUAAAAUAAUAUGUUAUGGUACAAUAUCAUAAGUGAAUAAGAACUGUGCAGUUUGUUCUUGGGUAAUGAUGAUUCAGUUCAUGAAUGAGAACCUUGCAACUUUUUCACAAAUCAAAUGAAUGAGAUUUUCAUGACUUGUUCAUGAGUCAAAUGAACAACAAUCGUAACUCAUUAGCAAGUCAACUGAACAAGAAUCGCAACACUCGUUCUCGGGUAAUGCAUCUGUUGGAACUUGAAAAAAUUUGAAUAAUUAAGGCUUUGUGAAUUUAAUGAGCCAUGUGUUAAAGUAAAUUUGAAAGCAAAUAAUUUUUAGGAAUUCGCACUUGACUUGAGCAUUCGUGGUUUUCAUACUCUUUUUCUGUACGUUUAUCAUUCGUUUGCUCAGAGGUUGAUGCGCUUGCUGAUUGCUGAGCAGAUCUUCUUUUCUUCACCCUAGCGGCCCGCUUCUUCUCUACGUUUUGUGUGCAUCAUUUUGCAUUAAAACUGAUUAAGUCUGUGUUUGUGUUGUAAUUACUUAGUAUGUUUUCUUUCAUUUUUCACUUAAGCUGGCACUUAAGUCUUCAAUCUGCCUCAAGAAUGAUUUAAGAUAUGAAGAGGUAGGGGAAGUGACGGAGAAAGUGGUAGGGAUGAGAACGGCACCUGUAUGCAUGCGCCACACAGUUACCCUGCUGGCCGCUGUCGAGAGUUGAUUCUACAAUAAAAUAAAAUAAAAAGAGGAAUAACUUUGGAGGUCGAUCAUCACCCGAAAGCGGAUAGUAGCCGUCACAUUGUAUAUGUGUACCAAAUUUCAGGUCAUUAGGUCAAACGGUUUGCGAGCUACAGGUGAUUUAAAAUCCUGAACAGACAAACAGACAGCCACGGUAGUGUAUUCUAUAAGAAGAUAAGGUUCCAUUUUGUGCAAUGAUCUUGUUGAACAUAUUAGUUUAAUAUUGUUAAUAUACUCUGUUUAGAACAAUUCCAAUAAAGAAUUGUACUAAACCAACAAUUAACACAUUCUUAUAUAAGUGCGUUGAUAGCGUACUGCAUUUAAAUGAUGAAUGAAAGAAUGAUCGACGACAGAGUUUUGAUUCCCUGAUGAUGAUUUAGUCCCAACUAGAAAGAAUCACAAAUCAGAUGGGCAGUACUUGCGUAUGUGUUUUGAGCAUCUAAAUGAAGCAGGCUGACGGCAGCACGCAUGUGCUUUAUCGCUCCUGUUGAGUCGACUGAAUCGGGUCAUUUGUGUUCACAAAUCAAUUCCCAUGAUUCACCGAAAAAGAGUCCUUUAGACAGAGCAAGUUGUUUGUGAAGCGUCCAUCACUAAUCAGCAUUAACCCGCUUUGGAUUCUUUGGCCUCCUGCAUGUUUAAUUUGUGUCAGUUGGUGGGCGAGCAGCUUUUACUUAACCACAGGUAUUAUGGUAACAGCGGCCGUGGGUGGGCUGCUUUUAGUUUUAACCUAGAUUUACCCAGCCUUGUUUAUUUGAAAUGUUCUGCUUUUCAUCACACCAGUGUAACUACUGGAUUAUUUUCUCUAAAUCUAAUUUUGAACCUUCCAACAGUAUUAGAAUUUAAAUGAUGAUUCUUGGAGGAUGCCUAAUUUUUUUUUUUAAAUUUUGGCAGUUUGCACGUUGUCCAGUUGGGUUUCCUCCAUCAGCUCCCAUCUUAAAGAUGAGACAGUUGCUCUCUGUUUCUUGGCAUUCUGGGAGAGAAAGCGCAGGUUUAACUUCCCAACCUCAUUCCCUUCAUGUGCUCUGAACAGCUAAAAGUUCUUCAGUUACUUGUACUUCAUUGACCAUGCAGAUGUAAAACCAUCAAAAGCACCCGAUCAAAUAUGCAAUAACUUAAAACAGGAAGAAUGAAACAGUGUAGCUCACCAACAAAUACAAAGUGCAAGACCUCUAUGUCCAAAUGGGCCAUCGUCUCCUUCACUGAGGUCCGAGGUGCGUAUUCUGUGUCAAGCAUAUCAUCCCCGCUGGGGUUUCUCCCCUUUAGAUCCUCUGUGCCUUUGUUACAUGCCUUGAUUUAGAGGGGAUCUCGGAGAGACCCAGCACUUGUGUCGCAGCGGUUGUACAUUACGGGUCUGAAGUGGCCUUCACUCAGCUCCAAUGGUGACCCAACAGGCCGACCCUUUGCCAUACCCGUUUGUAGCAUAAAUGAAGAGUAAACAAGUUCUGUUGGGGUUUUUCUUUUCAAGACGCCAUUUUUGUUGUUCCUUAUUUCGUGAUGCCUUUUUUUUUUCUUUCAACUAAUUGCCUUCUAAGUGAAGAUGUUGCCUUCAGCUUGGAGGACCAAACACUGGUGGACUGCCUGAACAUAUCCAUUGGGCAAAAAAAAAAAGUUACUUCAGAGCGACAUGACGUCCAGUGACAUUCUACUAGCCGAACUGAGAGAGGGGAACUUGGAGAAAAUGCCGAAGUGAGCGGAGACACAGUGCUGCUCCUUAACUGCUAAGCCGCCAUAGUGGCUAAGGCGGAAUUAUAUUGAGCCAUUCUCUUUGACAUUCCAUUAAUGAUCAUAUCUCCCACCAUUCAAGAUGCCUUUGUAAAAAAUAAAUCAAUAAAUGUUGAGUUUAUUACAUAAAAAACUGUGACUUGCUUUUUACUGUAGACAUAAUGGGAUACUGUUAAAGAAGGCUUCCUAAGGGACAUUAAAAUGUCACAUAUUACAGCUUACCGGGUAGUCGAAUUCUAGUGAAAGCGUACUGAAUUGUCAAAGUUAUUUUAUGUAUUUUAUAUUCUCAAGUGACUGUUCAUGUAAACACUGUGAAGGAAAAUAGUAAUCUUCUCUAUUUUUUUUAUUGUUCCUGUAAUAUUUGUACAACAUCAUUUCUGUCCACCCCAGUAAUAUACUGUACCACGUACUGUUUUAUUGGAUGAAUCCCUCCGUGUGUCAUUUCAUAAGUGUGCUACAUGUCUUGGAGGAACAUUAAAAGUGCUUUACAUUCUGUCUCAAAA